AUGGAACGUACACCUCUUCCCCCGGCGGCCGAGAAGAUUCGCAAUGAAAUUCGUGAAAUGAUACCAGAAACGGCCACUUUGACCGAUCAACCUGUCAAGGCUCAAGCCGAACUUCUUCAUAAGGAUGAAAACGGGAAUAAGAUAUACGGUGGGAACCUUUUCACGGAGAAAGCUGCUCGACUGAAACAGCACAUGGAGAUUGACCAAAACUGGACAGAGCGCUUGGUAUAUUGGUCAAAGCCGACGAAGCUAGUGAAUCAACGAAAACAAGGAUAUCUCAUACCAUUGUCCGAAGACAUAAUUCUACAGCCUGGAGGGCCAUUACAAGGAGGAUUCGGUUUUCGGGUUACAAACGAGCCGAUUCUGAGUUCCGGAGCUGCCGUUUUCAUUAUGCCUCGAUGA